AGUACACGGGGCGCAAGGGUCGUGUUGCGGCCGGGGGGACCCACUACACCACAUACAAGGGGGGGCGACAGCCCGUACCCCUCCCAAAUUACUCGCUAUAGAUGAGGGCAGCAUUGGGUCCGUUCUAGGCUGGCGCUUCAGUGGGGGUUACCGCCUGGCAUGCGCUAAAAAUGCCUAUUUUACUGUUCCUCAUAGACACGUCCGCCUCUAUGAACCAGCGGACGUAUUUGGGGACGACCUAUUUGGAUAUUGCCAAAGGCGCGGUAGAGAUAUUUAUGAAGCUGCGUGCCCGGGAUCCGGCUAGUAGGGGCGACAGGUACAUGCUGGUUACAUAUGACGAGCCUCCAUACUGCAUCAAGGCUGGCUGGAAGGAGAAUCAUGCAACGUUCAUGAAUGAGCUGAAGAACCUUCAGGCCUCUGGACUCACCACUCUUGGCCAAGCUCUUAGAUCCUCUUUUGAUUUGCUUAAUUUGAAUAGGUUGGUGUCUGGAAUCGAUAACUAUGGACAGGGGAGAAAUCCUUUCUUUUUAGAACCGUCCAUUUUAAUUACAAUUACAGAUGGAAACAAGCUUACAAUUCCUUCAGGUGUUCUUGAAGAGCUCCAUCUUCCCUUAAACUCUCCGUUGCCUGGAAGUGAGCUUACAAAAGAACCAUUUCGGUGGGAUCAAAGACUGUUUGCACUUGUACUUCGGCUUCCAGGAGCUUUGUCUGCGGAGCCAGAGCAGGUCGGGAGUGUGCCCUCUGAUGAAUCUGCUAUUACUCAGAUGUGUGAAGUCACUGGAGGCCGUUCUUACUGUGUCAGGACACAGAGGAUGUUGAACCAGUGUUUGGAGUCUUUAGUUCAAAAAGUUCAAAGUGGUGUUGUGAUAAACUUUGAGAAGACCGGUGCUGACCCUACUCCUAAUGGUGAAGAUGUUCUUCCAGAUUCCCUCAGGCCUAGUAAUUCUUUUGCUCCACAAGCAUGGCACGGUUGUCAUAAACUGAUCUAUGUGCGGCCUAAUCCAAAGACUGGUGUUCCUGUUGGACACUGGCCAAUUCCGGAGUCCUUCUGGCCUGAUCAGAACUCUCCAACUUUGCCCCCACGCUCUGCCCAUCCUGUGGUGAAAUUUUCCUGUGUUGACUGUGAACCUAUGGUCAUUGAUAAACUACCUUUUGACAAAUAUGAGCUUGAGCCAUCUCCAUUAACACAGUAUAUUCUUGAACGAAAGUCUCCUCAAACCUGCUGGCAGGUUUUUGUGAGCAGUAGUGGGAAGUACAGUGAAAUUGGACAGCCAUUUGGCUAUUUGAAGGCUAGCACCACUCUUACCUGUGUGAACCUAUUUGUCAUGCCAUACAACUAUCCUGUGUUACUUCCUUUACUUGAUGAUUUGUUCAAGUUGCACAAACUUAAGCCAACACUGAAAUGGCGCCAAUCCUUUGAUAACUACUUGAAAACAAUGCCACCCUAUUUUUUAAUGCCAUUAAAGAAAGCCUUAAGGAUGAUGGGAGCACCAAACCUAAUAUCUGACAACUUGGACUGUGGUCUUAGUUAUAGUGUAAUUUCGUAUCUGAAAAAGCUUAGUCAACAGACUAAAAUGGAGUCAGAAAGAAUAAUUACAUCUGUUGGCAAGAAAGUCCCGCAGGAGACGGGGAUUAAAGUGAAAAGUAACUCAACAAGACUGUCUUUAGUUCACAACAGACACUUCAAACAGCUGCUGCAGGGAAUCUCUGGAGACACCCCAAUACGACUGCAGGAGAUGAAUGUGAAGGAGUUCCCUGGUUUUCAAAUUGGCCUCUUAAAUAAGGAUCUCAAGCCCCAAACGUACAGAAAUGCCUAUGACAUUCCACGCACUAAUUUAUUAGAUCAGUUGACAAGGAUGAGGACUAAUUUAUUAAAGACGAAUAAACUGAUUGUUGGUCAGGAUGAAGAUUGUCUGCAUAGUGUUCCAGUGGCUCAGAUGGGUAACUACCAAGAAUACUUGAAACUCCUGCCUUCCCCUCUCAGAGAGAUUGAUCCAGAUCAACCAAAAAGGCUUCACACCUUUGGAAAUCCAUUUAAACAGGAUAAAAAGGGUAUGAUGAUUGAUGAAGCUGACGAAUUUGUUGCUGGACCUCAAAAUAAAGUUAAACGUCCUGGAGAGUCCAAUACUCCGGCAUCCUUGAAGAGAAGGCGUAGUAUGUCUCCUUUGCUGCUAAGAAGACCUCAGACCCCUCCUAUCAUCACCAAUCAUGCAGGGGGUAAGGGGGCCCCUGCAGUGCCUGGGAGCCCUGCUCCACACAACCUAAUAAAGCCAAUUCCCAUACACAAAGAUGGCAAUAACAGUCUAACUACAGAAGGGAAUGGAGAACGGACUGAUAAUGGUCAGGUUGUGGAAAAACAAAUGGAUGGACUGUCUCCAUUAAGUGUUUCUGCUGCUUUGGGUGAUGAGGAUAUGCUGCCUAAUAACUUCGACUCUGUUACUGAUGAACUCAAUUGCUUGAAUGAAGAUAACCUGGACCACAAGCCGGUUAAUAACACACUUCUAAAGACUUCUCUAGAUAACUAUAUGACUAUGGAGGAAUCUCUUGGGACUCGGGAAUGUACAUCUGCAAUGACUGUGCCAAACUCACUGAAGGAAAUGCAAAGUAUAAUCAAUGGAACAAAUGCAGAUAUUAAGAUUAGAGUGAUGAAAGAAGUGCGAAAGCCAGGAAGAAAUUAUGAAAAAAUCUUUGCCCUGCUUGAAGAAGUGCAAGGACCAUCUGAAGUACAAAAAACUUUUAUAGAAUUUACAAUCAAGGAAGCGGCACGGUUUAAAAAGAGAGUGUUAAUACAGCACUUGGAAAGAUUUCUAUCUGAACUGGAUUCCAGCGGUGUUCCAAACAUUGUGAACCAUGUGAACAGCAGAUAGCAGUCUGCCCAGAAGACUGAGGACCAGGGUUGAGCUUGCUGUCGCAGAAGAAAGAAAGAGGACAUGGUGACCCCAACACCUUGCAUCUCGGGACACUUUCUGGCCAGAGACAGAAUACAAGCAACGGAGUGACAAGUUGAUGUAGGCAUCAGGACUUACAAUGAACUGUGAGGCUUUAUCUGUAUGGAGGGUCCCGCCCGGUGAGCAGGCUGGAGAUGGUAACCAUUGGUGGCCCUCCAACAGGUGAUGAAUGUACUCAUUUGGCAGUAAUAACAUCAUUUUCAUGCUGUAGAAAGCACUUGAGGGAGUGAGAGGCAAAACAAUGCUCUAGCACAGACCAUUACUUUGAUCAAUAGCAAGCAACUGGUGGUUGGUUAUUAGCAGACUGAGAGUUGUCUAACAACUUGGGAACCAGCAGUUGUCUGACUGCGAUCUUGGUAAAGAUCUCUGCGUGGCGCAUUCAUGAGUACAUGAGGUAGCUUGUCCCGUUUUCAGAAUAGGCUGCCAUUUGGUAUUGAGGGACAUUAAAGACAGCCCUGUGACUGUAUACAUCCUAUGAGUCACUAAACAAACUACCUCAGACUCUCUUCUGUUUUGUCUGCAGACUUUAAGAAAGUGCACCUGAGACUCCCCAGGUCCCCGACUUCUUUCAUCCUGUGAGCAGGACGGAGACUCGUCAGGUGGCCUUGCACUCGCUGUGCUUUGGAAGCACUAGAAAAGGAGAACUCCUUGUUUUUUUUAUUUUAUUAUAAUUUUUUUUUAACAUCUACUUAAUUUUAAUGUUCAUAAAGAAGAAAUAUUUUGGACAGUAUUGUUAUUAGCUCUGUAAUUUGUGAUAUUUUAAUUGUACAUAGAAGUUUCG